UUUAGAACUCCGAGACACAAUAUUCUGUUACAUUGUAGCAAAAUGGCGACUGUCAUUCACAACCCCCUGAAAGCCCUCGGGGACCAGUUCUACAAAGAAGCGAUUGAGCACUGUCGCAGCUACAACUCUCGGCUCUGUGCCGAGCGCAGCGUCCGCCUCCCCUUCCUGGAUUCGCAGACUGGGGUGGCUCAGAACAACUGCUACAUCUGGAUGGAGAAGAGGCACAGGGGACCAGGCCUGGCCCCAGGUCAGCUGUACACAUACCCAGCACGUUGCUGGCGCAAAAAGAGGCGUUUGCAUCCCCCUGAGGAUUCCAGGCUGAAGCUGCUGGAAAUUAAACCUGAAGUUGAUCUGCCUCUGAAAAAAGAUGGGUUCACCUCAGAAAGUACAACUCUGGAAGCCUUGCUGCGUGGAGAGGCAAUAGAAAAAAAAACAGACACUAAAGAGGAAGACACUAUACAAGAAAUCCAGAGGGUUUUAGAAAAUGAUGAAAAUGCAGAUGAAGUGAACGAGGAAGAAGACUUGGAAGAAGAUAUUCCAAAACGAAAGAACAGGCCUAGAGGACGGCCAAAGACCCCCACCUGGAAAAAAAUUUUCCAGAAAAAUGCUCGGGGAUCUGGAGGGGGCAGGAGACGGAAUGAUGCUGCCUCCCAGGAUGAUCAUGACAAACCCUAUGUUUGUGACAUCUGUGGUAAGCGUUACAAGAACAGGCCUGGGCUGAGUUACCACUAUGCUCACACCCACCUCGCCAGUGAAGAGGGUGAUGAAGCCCGUGAGCAGGAGACCCGCUCGUCCCCCGUCCACAGAAAUGAAAACCACAAACCCCAGAAAGGACCAGAUGGGGUCAUCAUUCCCAAUAACUACUGUGACUUCUGCCUCGGAGGCUCCAAUAUGAACAAAAAAAGUGGCCGGCCUGAGGAACUUGUAUCGUGCUCAGACUGUGGGCGCUCUGGACACCCGACCUGCCUGCAGUUCACCACAAACAUGACUGAGGCUGUAAAAACCUAUCAGUGGCAAUGCAUUGAGUGCAAAUCCUGCAGCCUUUGUGGGACCUCAGAGAACGACGACCAGCUGCUCUUCUGUGAUGACUGUGACCGUGGCUAUCACAUGUAUUGUUUGAAUCCACCAGUCUUUGAGCCCCCAGAAGGGAGCUGGAGUUGUCAUUUGUGCCAGGAGCUGCUCAGAGAGAGAGCAUCAGCUUUUGGCUACCAGGCCUGAGGAGCUCCAGCAGUCAAGAAACACCUUGCUCCUGGUGUUGCCAUACCAGCACACAAUUCCCACCCAGAACACAAAGACACGACCCACAUCCAAACGAACGGACACUCAAAUACAGGAAGAGGUAUCUGUGGAUUUCACUGUCACUAAGCCAGACCUCCUGGGCUCUGCUAGGACUGUGUACUUUUCCAAUGAUCUGGAUAAAAUCUCUUCACUGCUGUGCAUGGUUGCUGCUUGCCAUUUACAGGCUCACAUGCAUUAUGGAAGGGGGAGGGUUGUUAUACCAACAUGGAGAAGUCAAUUUUGUGUGGCCUUGUGCUUUCUGUUUAGUCUUUUUUAAAAUGAAAAAGUAGUAAGAUAUUUCCCAAGGAAUUAUUGGUGAGUACUUCAGCUGGGAGCAGCACCAGGUGUUUCUCUUCAAAGGCUUGACUGGAAAUCUCUUUACUGCAACCACUCUGUAGAUUCAUGGGUGCUUAAGAGGGGUAUUCUGAGACUUGCGUUUAGUUCAAUAUUUCCCAGUUUAUGAACAGCACAUUGUCACUAAGAGAAGCACUGACGAAAACUUUUUGGAGUGACACUUCCUCCAUUGAAUCAAAUGCCCUGAUUUGGCAGAUCAUUAGGAAUAUGUUUUAAGUAUAAGAAAGAGCAGUACUGGUAUGUACACACUCAAAUGCUUAGAAAAGCCUUUGGUAUUCAGUGUUUUCAGGCAUACUGUCCCACUGCAAUGCCAGCAAUACCUUCCAGACAUAAUUUCUUUUUGUUCAGAAAAUUCUGAGUGAAAAAUCUUAUGUAUAUGCAACCGACUUUCUGUUUAGCUCAGAAAAUUGGACAAAAGAAAAAUUGUCCUCUUAAGUUGAUCAUAGAAAGUAAAAAUUGUCAGCUUUCCAAGCAAUCUAAGGCAAGUUGCAAAAAGGAACAAUUUUGGCUUAAGGUCAAAUGAAGCACUUUGAUUAAUUUUUUGAAAUUUCUAAACAAAAAUGUUCUGCAACUGAAAGCUGCAUUUUCUGGGCAUUGCCUAAUCCAGGCUUUCAGCAUUUCCAAAGUGUUACUGUUUUUUGUCAAAGUAAUUAUCGAGAUCUAACUAAAUUUCCCAAUAAUUUUCCCCCAAAUUCUCUACAACCGCAUCUUUGGCCAAUGACAUAUUUUGUUUAAAAACUUUCCCUAUCUCUAAAGAAAAGAAUAAUUUGCUGAACCUAACAUGAAAAGAAGAAUUUUCAUAAUGAUUAAAAAAUUUAAGUAGGAAUAGUUCUACUUUAUUUAAACAAAGCUUUACAUGUGAAAUGAAGAAAUUUUAAGUGAGACCAUCCAUUGAAAAAAAAUUUAUUGCAGUUGAAUCUCUUUGAAAAAUUUAAGACAUUACUAGGAGAAUAAGUACAUCAAAUAUUUUCUACAAAACACAUUUUUAAGGUUAAAAACCUACCACUCCCUGAACUGCCAAGUAGCCCAGAAUAACCAUUAUUUUGGGUAUGAUGUAUAUCACUUUCUAUGCAUAGAUUUAAGUGGGUUUAUAAUAUAAAUUUAUGAGAGCAGCAUGUGACUCAUGUUGCUGGUACAAGUAGGUAAGGAUACUGAAGAUUAUAUUUGGCAUGUUUAUAUUGGUUGAAACUCUUCUGCAAAAUGAAAUGUCCCCAAAUACUUGAAAGACAUUGUGAAACAAUAUUGGUGAGCUUUUUUUCCUUCCUUCUCCUGCUAAUUACACUUAGUUAGGAUGAGCUAUACUGACCUAGUGCACUUUUUCUCAUUAUUUAGAGAGUUUCUUCCCCUUUUGUUCAGCUUACGCACCAAAAGUAGCUGUGUCAGCUACUGGAUUCUCCCACCUACUGUUGCAGCAUCUUCUCAGGCUGCAGCAGAAGUACUUAAACCUGUUAGAAAAAAAAAUGUAGAAAGUAUUUAUCCUAAUUGUAUUGGACCAAAUUUCUCCUGGAGCAGCUGCACUGGCUACCUGUAAAAUUUAUUCAAUAUCUUGUGCUUUCCAUGUGACAGCCCUUCAAUUAGCUGAGAACACAAAGAAAUUUGAGCAUCAAGUCUGGAGAGAGCAAAGUGAAAGCCUGUGCACUUGCAUCAGGCGUCUGAUACCUGUUGGGAAAAGACCCUUGAGCAAAUACAAAAUAAAGCAUCUUCCUCCCAGUCUGGAACUGCCCUGGCCCUGGAGAGCACUUGGAGGACACAGUUGAUCUGCAUUUGCAUUUACACCCAUCUGUUGGUGUGGUUGAACCAUGCUGAUCUGGCAUUUUGGGACCAUCACAUGGUUCUGUCUGAUACAAAAUCCUGUUGCUGUUGUGGCUAGGAGUGCAAGUGUGUAUUCACCAGAGACACCACUGGGCUCUGUUACAGAAAAUGGGUGUUUUGGGAAGAGUGACUGGAAAUGAGAAGUGUGUGUGUGCUGCAGGAAACUUCUGUGGUGGUGCUGCUGGUGGGAUCAGCAGGUGUGGGUUAGUAUUUUGGCUGGUCCUCAGUAACCAGGACCUAGAGACUUCCAUCAUAAAAAUCUCCAUCGCCUUCCAGUGUCCUGAUGUUUACACUGACCUUGGAGGAGUAGGACAAUGUCUGCAUUCCUAAACAGAGAGGACAUGCAUGUUUUGGCCUGUGUCUUUGGCAGACACUGGUGGCUCAUCAUGUAAGUCUCAGGUGGCCUGGUUGGUGGAACCAGCUGGUGCAGAAUUUCAGUGGUCUCCAUUCCUGUGACAGAGACAUUGCUAAAGGAGCUGUGCUCUCUGUGCACACCUGAUUUCCUAUUUUGUAGUUUUGAUCCAGAGCUGUUUUUUCCUCCCACAACCAUUCUGCAGCCAACAAUAUCUUUCAUGUUCAGAAAUACUCCUCUGUGGCCAUGCUGAGGUUUCAUCAGAAUGAGGUAUGACAGAAGGACAGAUUGCUAGAUCUUCAAUGCCAAAGCACUGUUUGCCACCUGAGAUCAGUGUGACAGGGUGCUUGCCCACUGUAGACCAGCUAUGUUUCAUCUCUCCAGCUUUAUGCUGUGUGCUGUGUAGCCAGGCAGCUCCAGGUAACUUUGGCAGCAGAUUAGAUACAAGCUCUCCCAUGUGGAGAACUUCCUCCAGCUACAGCCUCCCUUCUUCGCUAGCUGAGUCCAAGAUAAGGGGCUGGAAUGGACCUCUCAGUGGCACAUUUAGCAUGCAUUCAGAGCAAUGUGUGUUGGUGCACGUUAAAAAUACUGACUGACCUCCCAGGUGAAAAAUGCACCACGUUUGCUGAGGAGAGGUUGUGGCACUACCAUGGGGGUGAGGAAGAGGAGUUUAGAAAGUCUGAUAACCAAUUCCCUGUCACCUGCUGCCCCACUGGGGAUAGUCUCCUGCAUAACUGCUGGGAUGUGUGACUUGGGCAACACCAUCUGCUGUCAGGCAAAUCUUGUCACUGAUCUGGUCUGGCCACUAAACAGUGUGAGGGCUCUGGCUCUGUGUGCUGCUCUCUCUUGCUAUAUCAGGAUAUGCAAGUUUGUUGGCAGUCCCUGAGGUGAACAAACUUUAGUGUGUUUUCAAAACUCUUCUGUGUAAGCAAGGCAAUUAAUAUUUUAGCACAAAUCAGGGCAAACUACCAGAAGAUGGUAGAUCCUGCAUGCCUUGAAGACUUCAAGUCAAGAACGGACAGAUUCCUAGAUGUAUUUUAAUUGAACACAAUCUUAUUUAAUCACAGGAAUGUCUGACUGAAAAAGAUUUGUGUUACAAAGGAAGUCAGGCUGGAUGAUGUAAUUGUUCUUCCUGGCCUUAUUAUAAAAACAGAUGUUUACUGUGGGAGAGGAUGUAUGUAAAUACAAGCAUGUCUGCAUAAUGGCCUUAAAGUAUGUUAGUUAAACAUAUGCACGUGAUCCUUCUACUUUUGACUCCUUUUGGAUAACCUAAAAAAGGUCAGUUAGAGAAAAUAAUUUUUACUGAUGCAGUAAAUUGUACAUUACCUCCUUCACGUUCACAAUGGCAUCUACUUUGGUAUUGGCUACCUCGGGCUGUUCCAGAGACUGAACAAUUCAGACUGUAUUGUGUGAAACCAUGGCUUGCCUUUGGCUCUCCCUCCAUCACAUUUGUGUGCUGCUCUGCCCAGUUUUCUGUCCAUGGUGGGAAGACUGGCUGGGGAGAGCAGCACCUGCAGGGGCAGACUCAGAAACCAGAGGGGUGGAGAAAUGACCACUGAACAGGGGCAUGCAAAUGGUGCCACUGAGGAAGUGAACUCGUGUUGCCAGCACAGAGCCUCCCCCAUAGUUUGGAAAAGGCAGUACCUUUGAGAAACAUGAGAUGGGUCCUAAUCUGCCUACAAACUGUGCUUCCAUAGCUGUGUUGUUGCAUCAAGUUUACAGUGCACAGAGUUUACAUUCUGUAAAUGUACCUCAGACCAGCUCUUCAGCUAAGAAAGCCACCAUUGAGUGUAUUCUUUUGAAGCAAAUGUUGCUCUAAAUAACUUUGAAAUCAUGAUUCUUCAUCUCUCUUUAGAAGGAGCUUAGUCAAUUCUGCCCCAAAGGAAGAUUCUCCUGCACCAUGCAGUGUUAUGGGGCUGUAGCAUUUUCUUUACACCUACAGCAUGUGUUUUGACGGGGGUCAUUUGGGAGGUGAGGAGUGGAUGGGGGUAGAAAGGAAUAUUAAUUAAGCUUGUCACUGCUAGUGGGAUAGUGUGCAUUGUGGGCAAGAAAAUUCCAGGUACAACUGGGCAUGAUUUUUUCUGCGUGGAAUGAAUUUCUUUUUAAAAAAUGUGCUCUUGAGAGAACCAUAAUUAUUCAUAUAUAAAAGUCCAAUCUGGCAAAUUAUUUAAUACAAAAACUAAGGGGGAACAAUCAAAAGAAAAUUGAAAAUUAUUGUUUCAAUCUUUUCAGAAAAAAACCACUUUAAUAUUUGAAUUUUAAAGUUAAUAUAAUUUAUAUUGGGAAAAAUUUGGCACCAGUCUGUAAGGGAAGAAAGUGCAGAUCUUAUGGAGGACAUGAGUAAAAGAUAGAUUAUCUUUUCAAUGUUGUUAUGGGAGGCUGUGGGAUGAUCACGAGGAGGUCACCUGACAUUUUAACAGUUGACCAGUUCCAUAAUUUUUGGAAAAUAAGCUCUGUGGAGAGGAGCAGGCAGACAGGUCAGGAAAGCCCUUCUCUAACCAGUUCUGGGUUCAUUAUGAUCUUAUGAUCUCCCACUUUUACAUGACAGGAGGAGGGGAGUGUGCAGCUGAGCAGGGUGAGCAGGGCUGGCAGGCAGGAGCAGGGGGGUGCUGCCCCAGCCCCCCAAAUCAGGGGGUCUGCAGAAGGAGCCCCCAGCCAAGCUGGCAGGGAUGCUCACGGACUGAGCACACCCGGAGCUCAGUUCCCAGCACUGACCCGGAUGGGGACAGCCUGUCCUGCAGUGCUGGGGGCUGUGCCCAUCACAGGGGCACGCAGAGCUGCUCUGAGCCAGUCCGGUGUGAGACAUUCCCCACACCCCACCUAUGGGGAGUUAUAAAGCACGGGACUUAUUUCCACUUACAACAAGGAUUGUGGGCCUGAAGUGGGCAGGUGCUCAAAUCUGUGCCUCUCUGCUGGAGAAAAGGCAGGAUGGCAAUCCUUAGCUGCUCCUGCAAAGCACUUGGAGCCUACAAAACAGUGUGCAAGCCUUAAGUGCUACUAUUUACCUCAGUGCUGCGCACCCAGGCUGUGGCAGAACAAGAAGAGCCAGCUCUUCUGGGCUGCUCCUUACACCAUUUAUUUCUGCCAGCCACAGGCCCAUGACACUUCCUGGGAGAUAGGAACAGGUGACAAGGCAGGAGGUGGAUGUGAAAGAUCCAAGACCCUGCAGAAGGAACAAAAAAGUUUAGUUGCGGUGUUGUGCCUCUCCUCUGGUAAAAGAGGGCAGGAAUUGUGACUGGCAGGCAGCCAAAUCCAUCUUUGGUGGUGAUACAAUUACUAGCAGUGACCUCCAGCCACAGCAGUAGUUAAAUGGCUUUUCAGGGCAGGCA